AUGGGCAACGACGGCGGCUCCAUCCCAAGGCGCCGCGAGCUCGUCAAAGAAGCCGCGCGCCUCCCCACCGCCUCGGAGCAGAAAGCCACAGCCCUCGAGUCCCUGUCGCACGCCUGGUCCAUGUGCCCGCUGUCGUCCUCGCCGCUCGAUGCCGGCAUCACCGUCUCGGACUGGCGGGGUCGUAUGUACAACUACGAGGCCAUACUACAAUGCCUGAUGCCGACGCCCGACAGCACCAUUCCCGAGACGCAGGAGCUCGAGUUUGCGCGCACGGAUAUCAAGAGCCUGAAGGACGUGGUGAAGCUGAAGUUCAUGCUGCGCAAGGACGAGAAGGGGCGCGAGUUCCGCGCCUGUCCCGUCAGUCUGAAGGAGCUGGGCGCUGCGACGAAGGCGGUGUACGUGGUGCCGUGCGGUCAUGUGUUUACCGAUGUGGCCAUGAGGGAAGUUACUGAAGCCGAGGUUGAAAAGCGGUGUCCUGAGUGCAGCGAGCCCUUUCAGGAGCGGGAUGUCGUUCCAAUACUACCCAUCGACGAGGCCGAGGUCGACAAGUCGGCGAAGCGGCUCGAGGAGCUGAAGACGCUAGGUUUGACACAUAGUCUGAAGAAGGACAAGAGUGCCAGCAAGAAGAAGCGGAAGGCGGAGGAUGCUGCAAAGGAUAAUGGUAGUGAGGGCCAGAAGAACAAGGACACGAAGGCCAGUGGCAAGACGGACAAGAACAAGGGGGACAUCUCCAGUCGCAUCAACAACUCGAUGACGGCUUCUCUAACGGCCAAGGUGUUGGCAGAGCAGGAGGAGAGGAAUAAACGGAGGAGAAUGGUGGACGGAUAUAAGAGGAGCGAGGUAGUCAGAUGA